AUGAUUUUCAAUCCAUGCGUCUCUCGGGUACUUUUCUUUGCUGCCACUGUUUACCGCAAAGUGCAAGCAAACUGUGCAGGGGUCUUGACAAUUAGCGCUGUUGCGCCAGAGAUUCCAGACAUGAGUCAACAGCAUCAACCAUACCAUUCCCAAGUGGGAAACAUUUCUUAUUCGUUGGAUUCGGCUGGCCUCUUAGAGCUGACUUCUACCACGCCCGGCUUUAAAUGUGGUCCUAUUACGAACUUCGUCAGCUCGAAUGCCACCUCCAAGGCUGCCGCAAAAGAACCUAGCGCAAAAAAUUCUGGCGGGAAUGUACAAGCGAACCAGGAUCCGGUGCAAAGCGUUGGAGCACAAUUACAUUGCUCACACGAACCGGAAGACGUUGGAGUGGACUUGAUGACGCCAUGGCAAACGAUCACAUUCUAUGGCUCGUUAUUUUUCCAAAUCGAGAUGAAGAACGACAAAUGCGCCAAACCUGCUGAACUUGUCCUGGAUUAUAGCCGAUGUAGUUAUAAUGCAUCCACCAACACUGGUCGACAGGGGUCCGCCAUACCUUGCAGUUGGUCUACUACAUAA